UCCCCGCCCCGCCCCCCGCAUCAGCAGCAUCACCAGUCAGCUGUCAGUGGUCUGUGUGUUUGCAAACAGGUCCUGGUCCAUGGUCCCCUCCUCCUCGGUCCUGUAGCUCCGCAUUUCCUCCACGAUGGGAGAAAACGACGACGGCGACAUCAUCGAGCACCACGUGGAGGAGGAGAUGGAGAAGCGAGGCGCGGCGUCCUCCGCGUUCGUGGAAAACCUCACAGAGGCCCCCAGCAGCACCCAGUCCUCCCACAGACUGCUGGCCUACAGCGAUGCCCUCAUCUCCAUCAUUGCUACUGUCAUGAUAUUACCUGUUGCACACACCAAAGUGGAAAAUAGUGAGGAGCUGGCGGAGAGCGUUCAGCUGCUGUUGACGAAAAAGAUCGCCGUGUACUUGAUGACUUUCCUCAUUGUGACCGUUGCCUGGGCUGCUCAUAUCAGGUUAUUUCAGGUGAUCGUGCGCAUCGAUGACUGCCUGGCUCUGCUGAACCUCGCCUGCAUGAUGCUGAUAACGUUCCUGCCAUACACGUUUUCUUUGAUGGCGACCUUCCCCGAGCACAUCCUCGGGAUUCUGCUCUUCUGCGGCUGCGUGAUGGUGCUCGGCCUCAUUCAGUCUCUGAUCGUGCUGUACGCCUUCAGCCGUCCCUUCCUGCUGAACGAACAGAUCCAGAUCUCGGAGAACCAGACCUUCUACAAACACCACAUCCUUAAAGUCAUCAUGAGGGUUCCCAUCAUGUGCUUCUUCGCCAGCAUCUUCUCCUUCAUCUUCUUCCAGCUGUCUUACGUGCUUUUGGCCAUCGUCAUCUUUCUGCCGUACAUCUCCCAGUCUUUGAAGUGGUGUCGCAACAAAGCAAUCGGUCAAGUGGAGGAGACUCCAGACUCCAUGAUGUUUUACACCUACCUGCCCAACGAGCCGCUCAGCAAAGAGCGAGUGGAGGCCUUCAGUGACGGAGUUUACGCCAUCGUGGCAACGCUCCUCAUCCUGGACAUUUGCGAGGACAACGUUCCCGACCCGUCGGUCGUCCAGAAGCAGUUCGGCGGCAGCCUGGUAGCAGCUCUGCGGGCCUACGGUCCGGAGUACCUCGCCUACUUCGGCUCCUUCGCCACGGUCGGCCUCCUCUGGUUCGUCCACCACUCCCUCUUCCUCCACGUCACCAAGGCGACUCGCGUCAUGGGCCUGAUGAACACCCUCUCCCUGGCGUUCGUCGGAGGCCUGCCGCUGGCCUACCAGCUGACGCACGAGUUCCCGCGCAACUCCCGCAACGAACUGGAAGCCGUCCAGAUCAGCUGCGGGAUCAUUUUCUUCGCGGGCAUUUUUCAGCUCGCCCUCUGGGUGGUCGCGCUUUACAACGAGAGGGAGACGUUGCACCCUUAUGUGCGGUACGGCGGCCGCGAGCACGUGUUCAUGCUGGCCAAGCUGGCGCUGUACCCCUGCGUGGCGCUGGGGACGUUUUUCCUAACGUGCAUUUUGAGUAAAUUCAGUGCAGAUAUUUUCCACGUGAUGGAAAUCACCGUGCCUUUUGCGUUCCUGGUGUUGAGGCUCCUGGUGCGCGGCGGGCUAGCGCUGCUCCGGCUUCUGUUCUGCCCCGACAGGAAUGAUAUGAGGUCCGUUGUGGAGGAGGACGAAGCAAGAGUGCCAUUUAACCCUCUCGAUACCUAAGCUAGCUUGAUGGGACGUAACACCAGGAAGCGAAGGAAGCGAAGGUAGCGGCAGAGCUGCGAGGGCAGUGUUGCUUUAGGUCCUGGUCUGUGAGGGAGCUAGUGCUUAGAUUUGACCUCAACAAGAGACGAGAAAAAGUGGUUUGUUCUAUUGUCGACGUUUAAACUGGGAUCGUUUGAGGGGAACCAGCGCAACAAGGUUUAGAGAAACACUUUGUAGAGGUGAAGAACAGAGUCGGUCGGCGUUGAAACUGACAGCCAAAGCAUUUUCAUUUUAUUUGCACCAGUCGGCCACAACAUUAUGACCACUAACAGGUAAAUCAGUAAAUAUCAUUGACCAUCUUGUGACAAUUCAAUGUUCUGCUGGGAAACUUUUGGACCUUAUGUUCAUUUGUGUGGAUGUUACUUAGACAUGUGACACCCACACCCUAUAGCAACGACACUCUGAUUGUAUGUGUAUGUGUUGACCCGGCCUUCAAAUGCACUAGAUCCCAAACUGAUCAAGAAUAUAUGGGAUGAUCCACAGAAGACCCACCCCCACUAACAACAUCCUGUGACCAGACACCACAGGCACAAUGGAGACCUACACUAUAUUAGGAAGGUGGUCAUAAUGUUAUGCCUGAUCGGCGAACGCGAUGCUAGUUUUAAUGAUUAAUCACACAGUCCGUCCAGCUGCUACAGUUUAAAUCCUGCUGCCGUUACUUUAUUUUCUACUUUCUUGUCACCCAGAGAAGAGGGAACGUACGUCCUUUGUACUUGGUCCGAGUGGAUUCGAGGUUGGGGAGGAGAUGGGAACAGGAAUAGGUUUGAGUGCUGGGCACUUUAAAUUGCACUAUUUUCAGUCAGAUAUGUGUGUAAUACUCACAGGAAUGUACUCACGUCUUUAAAAAAAAACAACAACAAAAAAAACUUGAAGCAUUACUACGAUGAUUUAACAUGAACACACAUGAAAGGGUCAGACGUUUUUAACGAAACACCUGCUCAGGUGUCGUCUUUGUUUCGAUAGUUUGCAAAUUUCUUCCCGACAGGUCGCUGUUGCUUCUGUGAAAUAUUCCCGAGUUACUGAAGCCAUUUUCAUGAUGAUCUAAGAUGCACUUUAACAGAAACCUGACAGACGACGAGGAGGGAAAAAAAGCAAAAAAACAAAAGCUCAGCUGGCUCUGAAUGCCGACGUUACGUACAUUCGAGUUCAGUUUUUCUUUUGAUUUACAUUUAUGGAAACGCAAUCUGAUGUCGCAACAUAAUCUGUAGUUGUAUUGUACUCACUGUGUGUCGUCCCUUCAUCGUUGUGUACUGAAUAUCUGAGGAGCUCUCAGUGCUUGGACGUCCGUGCAAAAAACACGUUGGAAAUGUUAAAAACACGAAUUGUGAAGCUUUUGUUUUGUGAAUAAACCUGAAGUUGGUCCUUUAACGUGA